AUGUCUUCUUAUUGGGUUGUAGAGGUAUUUCCACUGGGUGUGACGGCUUUUCUGCCAAUAAUCGUGUUGCCGAUUCUCGGAGUGAUUACAAUCCGAGACACCAGUACUGCCUACAUGAAUGAUACAAAUUUCCUUUUCAUGAGCUCAAUGUUGAUUGCAUUGGCUGUUGAGGAUUGCGGAUUGCAUCGCCGAGUGGCGCUCAAAUUUCUCCGCUAUGUUGGCUCAAAACCGCAAUGGUUAAUGUUUGGCUUUAUGGCGAUUACAUCAUUCAUAUCACUGUGGAUAUCCGAUACGGCUACCGCUGCCCUAAUGGCUCCAAUUGCUUUUGCUCUUUUGGAAACAAUAAUGAUACCACGAAUGACAAAAAAGAAGGGAUCGUUUGGAGUGAAUGAAGAAGUUGGAAUAGCAACAAGUGCAGCUGUUGAGGUGCUUGAUGUGAAGCGGCUAUCGAAAAGAGAUCGAGGUAUCUGCAAAGCAAUGAUGUUAAUCGUUGCGCACGCAUCACUCAUCGGCGGUACUGGCACAAUCAACGCCACUGGCCCGAAUCUUAUCUUUCGACAAACACUUUAUGAACGAUAUCCACCAGAAGAAACUGGUAUCACUUAUUUGACCUGGAUGGCUUUUCAAAUACCACCAAUGAUCCUCUACAUGCUCUCUAGUUGGCUUGUUGUUCAAAUUCAAUUUAUCGGAGUUGAUUACGUUUUUCGUGCAUUCAAACAACCAACUGAUGAGGAGAUUGAAGAAGAGAAAAGAACAAAAAGCGCUGUUUCAAAAGCUUACGAAGAAUUGGGACCAAUGAGUUUCGCUGAAAAGUCGUGCCUAUUCUUUUUUCUUCUCACAAUCGUUCUUUGGAUAACAUGCGAUCCAAAAGUGUUCCCAGGAUGGAUCAAUGUUUUUAAAAAAGGUUACACAUCCGAUGCUCUAGCCGGGAUCUUCAUUUCUGUUCUAAUGUUUGUUUGGCCAAAAGAGAAGCCAUUGAUUUUUCAAAGUGGAACUGGUGAUGAGGCUUAUAAAGAAAAAAUUUUGUCUCGUGGAGCACUUCUCGAUUGGACUCGCGUCUCGCAACGUUUCCAAUGGUCAAUCAUUUUGUUGCUUGGAGCCGGAUUUGCGAUUAGUAGAAGUGUCAAGAUGUCCGGUUUGGCUGGAUGGAUUGCUUGCCAGAUCGACACGCAUUUGUCGCAUUUGCCUCAUGUUUGGAUGCAGGUAAUCCUUUCGUUAAUCGUCGUGACAAUGACCGAAUUCUCGACAAACACUUCAACGGCUAGCAUUUUCAUUCCAAUAGCAUUCAAUGUGGCAGAGAAAGUCGGUGCUCAUCCUCUAUAUUUCUCGAUUCCAUGCGCAAUCGGUCCAUCAUUCUCCUUUAUGCUCCCAAUGGCCACCUCAUCGAACGCAAUUGUUUAUGAAACGAAAACUCUUUCAGUCAUGGAUAUGGCAUCAUGUGGAAUUUUCCUAAACAUUUUCUGCAUUAUGUUUACCGUGCUCAAUCUAAACACCUGGGCUUAUUGGCUUUUUGAUAUGAAUACUUUUCCCAAAUAUGCUCAAAGAUUUACAACAAAUCUAACUAAUUCAUGCUUG